UGAAAGCUGAUGAUAUUACAAAUAAAGAUAUUUACCAGAAUACAACCACUAACGAGACUUUUCAAAACAUCGAUUUUGACAAAAAGGAAAAUACGAAUAUGAAUGAUAAAACUCUUGAACAAGUUAAUGUUGAAGAUGGACAAAGAAGCCAUGAAAGCACAGAAGUUGUAAAAACCGAUGAGGAUGAACUUGGUAAAGAUGACCAUGACCGAAGCAAAAAUAUUGAUGUCGCCAGUAACGACUUAAAUGAUAGAGAUAACACUGAUAAAAAAGAAUCUGACAAGGAAUCUAACGUGAGAAACAAUUCUGCAGGGCAGGACAGCAAAAGAGUGGGAAGUGUUGAAAAAAGAAUCGAAAAUAUUGACCAGAAUACAACAAUCAAUGAGAGUUUUCAAAACACCGAUGCUGACAAAAAGGAAAUUUCUAAUAGGACAACUGAAACUCUUGCAACGGUUAUUGCUGAAAAUGAACCAAGAAGCCAUGAAAGCACACAAUUAGACAAAAUCGAUGAGCAUGAGCUUGAUAAAAAUAAUCAUAACACAAGCAAAAGUGUUGAUGCCGAGUGUAACGAAUUGAACGACAGAGAUAUCAUUGAUAAAAAAGAAUCUGGCAAGGAAUCUGACGUCAGUAACACUUCUACAGGGCAGGACAGUAAAAGAGUGGGAAGUGGUAAAAUCAGAAACAAAAGUACUGAUCAGGGUACAACCAUUAUUGUGAGUUUGCCAAACAUAGAUGCUGACAAAAAUGAAAAUACUAAUAGCAUCCCUGAAACUCUUGAAACGGUUAUUGCUGCAGAUAAAGAAAUAAAUCACGAAAGUACACGAAUUGACAAAACCGAUGGAUAUGAUCUAAGUAAAGAUACACAUGGCAGAAGCAAAAAUGUUGAUGUAGAGUGCAGUGAUAGAGAUAGCCUUGAUAAAAAUAAAUUUUACAAGACAGAUGAUCACAAAGAAUGUGCUGAUGGAAGGGACAUACGUUCCGACGUUAGAGAAGACGAGCUAUACAUUCCUGAUGAUGUGAAAAGUGAAGAGAAGAAUUCUUCAGGAGAAAGUUUUUCACAGGAACGCUCAGACUCUGAAAUAUUGAAGGAAGUAGCUGACGUUAAUCAACCAAGUGAAAAGGAAACAGAAUACGAAUCAGAAAAUAUUAUCGAAGAAGUACGAAUUAAAGAUGGAAAGUCAACACUUGUUUUAUACAAAGUUAAAGAGAAGUCUUUAUUAAACGUGGAGCGAAAUGAUUCUGGUGAUAUAGAGUUGAAACAUAAAAUCGCGAACAAUGACAGACAUAAAAGUAAUAUUCAGCCUUUAGAUGGAGAUAUAAAUCAUAAUACAAGCUUUGAAAAUGAAGGUAGUGUUAAGCGCAGUGAAAUAAAAACAGAAACGUCCAAAGAGGCAAGACAUAUUGUAGACAAACACAAACAAGAUGAUGUCGUUACAUCUGUUUCAGCUGAAUUAUCAAGCCAAUGUAUUAAUAGCCACCAUGAUGUCAUUAAUUCGGAGAAUUCUCUUGAAACCAAUGCUAAACCCAAUAAGACUGAAAUAAGUAAAGGAGAUUCUUAUAUCCAGUCUGUAAAUCAUAAUGGGGGCAUUAAUAUUAAUCAAGAUACCCAAGAGAAUACUUCUAUUGAAAAAGAAUCAUUGUCCAAGAACAAUAUCAACAACGAUCAAAUGAACACUGGGAUAUCAAAUGAUGAUAAAAUUCAGGAAAAAUCAAUAAAUGAUGAUAAAAAUGAGGGAGAGGUUCACUUUGAUAAAGGAAAAAAUGUUAAUGAUGAAAAAACGGGAAACGAUCACCUGGGGAAUGAAAUAAAACACAAUACCCAUGAUAUAAAUUCAAAACAGGAAUUAACUUCGGAUUCAUAUUCGGAUGAUAGAAAUGCAGUUAUUAGCGAUCAAGAGAAAACGGAUGAUAUGGCUGUGAUAAAGGAUGAACCUGCAACAAAAGUGAACUAUCAAGAAGACGGCGAAAGUGGAUUUUCUGAGGACGAGAAAUCCGACGUAGGAUACGAGGGUAAAGGUAAUGGUAAAAAAGAAACUAAGUUAGAACCUGGGACCGACAAUACCGAGCAGCCUGAAAGGAGAAAGUCGAAGAAAGGGAUGACGGCAGAGACAAGUAUCGCUUCCGACAGAAUGUUAAGUUCUCAAGCACGUAUGAUAUUACUUAUGGAAAAAACCAAGCAGACGAAUGAAAAUUAUGGGAAAGAACACAUUAAAACAAUAAAGCUUUUUGAGGAAACAAGGGGAGUCUUUUCAGAUUUAGAAUUUUUGAGAGGUAAAGGGAGAGGUUUGCAGUUUCGUGAGAACUCAUCAGAAGAAAACGCUGAAAUUACAGAAGACAAGGAAGAACCACAGACAGCACCACAGGAUCAAGAACAAGUUGGAGAUGUUGAUACGGAACAGAACAAAAGCGAAGAACCCAAAACAGAAACUGACGGAAAGGAAAAUGAAGAACCUAAAGCAGCGACCAAGGAAACAAAUGAAGUAAAGCCAAAGAAGAAGAAAGUCAAACUCGCUGCCGUUGCUCCUCCAAAGCUUAGCGACGAAAGAAUACGACAAAUACGCGAAAUGUAUUGGAGCAACGGACAAGGUAAUAGCGAAACGUUUGAACUAGAUGGUGAAGAGUAUUUCCUUGAUCCAAAUGGUGAAUUGGUGAAAUCAAUAAAGUUCAAUGCAUCAAAAAAGAUAGAUACAAGAUGGGAUCCAAAUCAUCCUAUGUUUAAAAAGCUUCAAAAUAAAAAUAAAGGGCUUGAAAUAAAAGGAAUUGUACAAUCUGUAAAAGCAGCUAAACCUUUAAAAUUAAAAACAAAUGAUAUUUCAUCGAGUAAUGUUUACGUUACAGAGGCAAAGAGAAUAUAUCCCAAAGGGUUUGAGGAAGAUAAAAAUGCUAAAACUGAAAAUAAAAAAGUUAAAAGAUUGAAGAGUUUCAAAACAAAGUCUGUGGACAUUGGGAACACUGGACAAGAAGUCAACGAUUCAUUGACUAGAAUAGAAACUAACGAUACUGAUAAUGCAAUAAAAAAGAAAUUGAAUCGAAAUGCUAGUGUGCCUAAUAAACUUGGGGCUAAUGACAAACAUUUUUCACAAGAAACAGUUGAGGGAGAUGUUAAUAAAAGAAAAUUGAGGAAAACAAAAAGUGUAUCUUCAAAAAUUGCUGAAUCUAAAAACGAAAGUAAUAAUGACAAUGAAACACCCGAAGUUGGUAAAAAGCUUCGAGUUAAAACAUCAAAAUACAACAAUUUUGUUGAUUCAGAGAAAGACAACGUAUCAGUUACAACUGCAGAAUCGAGCAAAGAAAAUAAAACAGAAGUAAUAAAAAAGAAAAAGAAAUUGAAACACAAAUCUAAUUCUAGCAAGGAAUUUGAAGAUGAUUAUGCCUUUCUUAGAGAACAGAACGAAUUUUCUGAAAGUACAGUAAAAUUGGACGAAACAGAAAUAAUCAGAAACUCGAAGGAAACUGUCAUUAAAAAACAUCCUAAACCAGCACACAAAAAAAGUUUGCCUGAUCUGGAAUUUCAGACAAAAGACGAGCAAUUCAAUAAAUGUAGUACUCCCUCUGAUCAGCAGGAUGAGAACAAUAUAACAAAUCCUAAUGAAAACGACCAGCAAAGUGAUGAAAUAACUGCCUCAAGGAAGAAGACGAUUAAAAAGAGAAUUAAGAAGAAAAGGACAAGUAGCAAUAACUUGCAUGCAUUGAAAAUAUUUCAGGAAGCUCGGGAAGAUUUACCCAGGGAUUUGAGCAUUAUCAAGGACACCAAUGAGGACAAUUCUCAAAAAGUCCCUAAAGUAAAAAAGGUGCCGGUAGAAUACAGUAGCAGCAGCUCGUUGGUGUCCGGAAAGUCAGAUAUGUCAAUGCAAACAGCGGUUGAGAUCAUGCAGUCCAGAGGCAGAUUUUAUGGUAAUCCUGCUGGUAGAAAUGGGAGAAACGAACCAAGAGAACACCGAGUAUACCGGCUAUAUAAGGAAAUACAAACAAUCCGUCGGAAUACAGCUCCUCUGACAGAACCUACCUCUUCCAUUGCUGAUCCUAGUACAUCUGUUAUAAACGAUCCGGACACUGGCUUUUUACUUCUUAACUAUGAACGUAAAAACAGAUGUUUCUGCAAUAAAAACCGAAGAACUCCAAAUGCCGAUCUUAGAAAGUUUCUUUACGGGAGUCUCGAUUACGAAGUGUGUUCUAAAGUGAGAGGUUUAAAUCCUACAUUCCGACGACGACUGAAGGCAUAUGACUCUUUGAAAAUGAAAAUGUAUGUUAGAUGAUCCUUAAAGAGAAUGCACUGAGGAUGAAAGGACUGGAAUUAAUAUUUGUAGACCAGUUAAUGACACCAUGGGCUAUUAAUUUGUGUGCAACACAGUUUUAGAUCGU